AUGGCUUUGAAACCGACACCGGCUCUUCUGGCCGUGGCGGCAUUUCUCGCUUUCCAUUUUUUGGUUUUGUUCGUGUCCGGUAAACCCAACCUCAUUCCGGAAAACGAGUCCGAUCUUGAUGAUUGGAUCGUCCAAAACAUGAGGGAGUAUACCGACCGGAAGGCCGAGCUCAGGGAGAGAAACGACGUCCCUGGCACUCACGACGACAAAAGUCUGGCCAGCGCCGAGGACUCGAGUAGAGUCAUCCGGGUGAAGCAGGACGGCACCGGAGACUUUAAGACGGUGACGGACGCCUUGAGGAGCAUUCCCACCGGGAACAAGCAACGUGUGGUGGUGUGGAUUGGCGGAGGAGAGUACAGAGAGAAGGUUCUGGUCGACGUGACGAGGCCGUACGUGACGUUUUACGGGGACAAGAAUGACAUGCCGACGAUCACGUUUGACGGCACGGCGGAGGUGUUCGGGACGUGGAACAGUGCCACGGUGGCGGUGGAGGCCGACUAUUUCAUGGCCGUGAAUAUAGCGUUCGUGAAUUCAGCUCCUAUGCCGGACGGCAAAAGGAAGGGUGCACAGGCAGUGGCAUUGAGAAUAUCAGGGGAUAAGGCGGCCUUCCACAACUGCAGGUUCAUCGGAUAUCAAGACACCUUAUGUGACGAUAAGGGAAGGCAUUUCUUCAAGGAUUGCUUUAUCCAAGGCACAGUUGAUUUCAUAUUUGGAAAUGGAAAAUCCCUCUACCUGAAUAGUACGUUAAACUCAGUUUCAAAUGGUUCUGGGGUGAUCACGGCACACGGUAGAACAGAGGUGCAGGAUGACAGUGGAUUUUCAUUCGUGUAUUGCGACAUAAAAGGUACAGGUAAGACUUUGCUUGGACGUGCUUGGAGGGGAAGAGCAAGAGUAGUGUUUUCGUACACAUACAUGGGGGACGUUGUCAGCAGAAAAGGCUGGUCGGACUACGACGACAGAUCGCGAGCCAACACCGUGUAUUAUGGAGAAUACAAGUGUUCUGGACCGGGUUCAAGCGCCACCCAGCGAGUCAAGUUUGCAAGGAUGCUGACUGAUGCAGAAGCAAAACCCUUUCUAAGCUUGACUUUCAUUCGAGGAACGAAAUGGGUUCUUCCCCCUCCCAACCUCUAG